ACCGACGUUUUCGUUCUCUUUCCCUUCUGUAAUACAACGCGUUGAGCUGAGAGCUCCCUGCUCAAAAUGGCAGUGUAGCGGCUUGCAGCGGCAAAACUCGCAGCGGCGGAUCCUGCAGUGCAACGGCGAAUUGCACUGAUUCUAUUAGGCAAAAUGGCGUCCUUUGAGGCAACCACCCUCAGCUUUGCUGCCGUCGACAGCAUACCAACUUUGCUCGACUCAUCAUCAGAACUCCUGUUCUCGUUGACUCUGUCACGACCCCUGACCAGCCACCAUGUCUCUGACCUCACAGAUGUGCAUGGAGGACGUGGGGGCCCUGCUCUUGGGGCCCUCGACUCUGAUGGCUGACCCCUUCGGGCCCCUUCUGGACGAAGAUGAAGAGAGAGCUCUUUCUGAGGGGUCGUCUUCGCCCCUCUCCUUCUCUUCAUACUCUGAAUCUUACACCUCCUCCCCGUUCUCCCCCUUUUCGGCCCCUGCUCCUCUAGGGUGUAAAGUUGGGUCUGACCUGCUGCCGCUCCCCUGGCUGUCUGCUGGUGAGCAGAUUGAUGCUCAUGUAAGAGCAGAUCAGAAAGAAGGGGAUGCGUUUUCUGGCAUGGACUGGAUGACAGAGAAGAUCGACCUAAGUGACUUCGACCUGGAUUCGCUCAUCGGGUCCUGUGAUUUAGAUGAGCCCCCCAGCUCACCAGAAGAGCUGCUGGCAUCCUUGGAGUCCCAAAUGGAUCUGGACCUGGCUCCCCUACCAUUUCCCUCAUCUUCACCCUCUGACCCAGAAGAGCUUGGCCUGCCUCCUCUUUCCCUUGACCUCCCACUUCCAGAGCAACCGGCAGACCCUGAGGUCCGUCCGGAGCCCAUUCCCAUUGAGAUAAAAUCAGAGCCAUUGUCUCCUGCCUUCACCCUGGAACUGGGCAGUGAGGUGGACAUCUCAGAGCUGGAGAAGGUGGUUUCCAAAACCAGUAGUGACCAACAGACCCCCAGCAUUGUGCUGUCCCUCUCACCUGCUCACAUUGUGGUUGUUCUUGCGCCCAAAGAAGAGGUGAGUGUCAUGCCCAGUUCCUGUGCAGACCAGUCUGACAGUGGCAUUGAAUCAGUCUCUGGUUCUCCCCCUCACAACCCGAGUCCUGCACCAUCCCCCAAGCCUGUUGGCACUUCCAGAACCAAGCCAUACUCCAAGCCAGACCCAGAGGCAGGUGUCACAGUUGUUGGUAAAGUGAAGACAGUCACUGGGAAGUCUGUGGACAAGAAGCUGAAGAAGAUGGAGCAGAAUAAGACAGCAGCGACCCGCUACCGGCAGAAGAAGCGGGUAGAGCAGGAGUCCCUGAAUGAAGAGUGUACUGAGUUGGAGAAGAGGAAUCGUGAGCUGUCGGAAAAGGCUGACUCGAUAAGUAGGGAGAUCCAGUACCUAAAGGAUCUUAUUGAAGAGGUCCGUUCUGCCAAGAACCGCAAGAACAAGACCAAGGCUGACUCUCCCUGAGAUGUAGGCCAAGAUACUUUAAUUAAAGAUCAGCUCCAUCAAAAAGUAUAAAGUGUACUGAAAGUAUCUUUAGUUUCUCACCCCCUCACAAUUCACACACCCUCAAUAUUCACUGUAUGUAGUUUUAACAGAAUCAACUAUUUUGUGUAAUGUGAGCCAUACAAAACUAAAAUGGGCACAUAGACGCACACAGAAACCUGAACAGUGGAAGGUUGUUGUCCUCCCCCACUUCUCUCAUUUUUAAACCUGUCAUAUUUCACUUCUAUUAACCAACGUCCAGAAAGGGGCCUGAAAUGUUUAAUGUAUUGUUACACUGAAUUCUGAGCUCUUGCUUGUAAAUAGCUUCAGCCACACUUCACCUUUAUUUAAAAUUGUUUUGGUUUGCAGUUAUAGUAUACAAUUGUCUUGUUCCAUCUUUGCUGUUUUCUAUUAAAGCUUUGUUGAAACUUAA